AUGUCGAAGGAUAGUGAUGUAAUAACACCAUUGGAGAAUAUCUUGCAGGAAACAGAAAAUCCGACAUCAAAAAAGCUAAAAGUGGAUGCCAUUCCUGCUGUAAAAGCUUUAAUUCCGGAGAUUAUUUCUACUAUAGAAAUGGAUAAGAAAUGUAUUUAUUUCAAGAAGUUAUCGGAAAAUGCCCAGAUUCCAACUUACGGAUCGGAAUGGGCAGCUGGAGCUGACCUAUACAGUGCUUAUGACUGUGUGAUACCCGCAAAGGAUAAAGGUUCUGUUGGGACAGAUCUACAAGUUCAAAUUCCGCGAGGUUAUUAUGGUAGAAUAGCGCCACGCUCAGGUCUUGCUAUGAAGCAUUUCAUUGAUGUUGGUGCCGGAGUUGUUGAUUCGGAUUACAGAGGUCACCUCAGUGUGGUGCUUUUCAAUUUUGGUACCGAAGAUUUCCAAAUAAAGAAAGGUGAUCGAAUAGCUCAAUUCAUUUGUGAGAAAAUUUCUCACUGCGAAUUUGUCGAGGUUAAAUCGCUAGAAAAUAGUAAACGUGGAACGGAUGGAUUUGGUUCAACUGGUGUUUAG